CGCUCCCCGGGCGGCUGGUCCGGCCCGGUCCGGCCCGCGGCCAUGCGCCAGCGCCGCGCCGAGCGGCCGAGCGGCGGGGCCGCACCGCCGCCGCGUCCCGCGGCCGCGGCGUGAAGCGGCGGGAGGAUGAAGCGGGCGAGGCGGGCCGCGCCGGGCCCCCUGCCCGUGCUGGGGCUGCUGCUGCUGGGCGCCCUGCCGGGGCUCUGGACGGUGCUGCUGCUGCUGCGGCGGGAGGCGGCGGCGCAGCCGGAGCCGGAGCCCGAGCCGCGCCCGCCCGCGGGGCCGUCGCCGGGGCGGUGGGGCUGGGAGCGCUCCCCGGCGGCUCGGGGCGAGCCCGGCGGCGGGCAGAAAACUUUCCGGGCGCUGCUGGCGGUGCCGGCGGCGGCCGGCCGGGAGGAGCGGGGCGGCGAAGGGCGGGCGGCGGCGGCGGCGGGCGGCGGCUGGCCGGUGGAGCAGGGCAUCUUCUGGAGCCGUGAGCUGGAGGAGCGGGUGCCGCCGGGCUUCGCGGCCGAGGAGGCGGCGGCCUGGCUGUCGGCCGCCCGCGGCGCCCGCGUGGCCUCGCUGGAGCGGGGCGGCUGCGGGCGCAGCUCCAACCGGCUGGCGCGGCUGUCGGACGGGAGCCGCGCCUGCGUCCGCUACGGCAUCAACCCGGAGCAGAUCCAGGGCGAGGCGCUCUCCUACCACCUGGCCGGCGUGCUGGGCAUGCAGGAGCGGCUGCCGCCCAUGGCCCUGGCCCUGGUGGAGGCCCGCGGGCGGCAGUGGGAGCCGGUGCGGGAGGAGCUGCGCGGCUCGCACUGGGCCGAGGGCGCCGUGGUCAGCCUGACCCGCUGGGUGGACAACCUCACCGCCGUGGUGGCCCCCGCGCCCUGGGGCGCCGAGGCGGGAGGCGGACGGCGGCUGCAGCCGCUGUCGGCGGGGGGGCUGGGCGGGCUGCCGCCGUCGCAGCUGGUGGAGCUGGUGCAGUGGAGCGACCUCAUCCUCUUCGACUACCUGACGGCCAACUUCGACCGCCUGGUCAGCAACCUCUUCAGCCUGCAGUGGGACCCGCGGGUGAUGCGCCGCGCCACCAGCAACUUGCUGCGCGGCCCCGACGGCGGGCUCGUCUUCAUGGACAACGAGGCGGGGCUGGUGCACGGCUACCGCCUCCUCGCCAUGUGGGACCCCUACAACGAGCCGCUGCUCCGCUCCGUCUGCGUCUUCCGCGAGGGCACGGCGCGCCGCGUCGCCGAGCUGCACCGCCGCCGCAGCGCCGCCGCCGAGCUCCGGCGCCGCUACCGGGCGCGGGAGCCGCUCUGGGCCCGCCUCGGCUUCCUCUCGGAGCGACAGUCCGAGCUGCUGCAGGCCCGCGUCGACUUCGUGCACCGCCACAUCGCCCACUGCCGCGCCCAGGCCGCCCUGCUCUGAGGGGCCGCCGCCGCCGCGGGAGGGA